AUGCUUACCCGCAUCAAUGUUAAGUUCAUCUUUGAUAGCCGGUACGUUUAGGUUUGUCCGAGCUCCGCAAAUAUUCUCCAAAUAGCAGAUGUCGCCCUCCGAGUUGUCUUCUUGCUGUUUUUGCCGUGUUUUUUGCUAUCAUUUCGCCGAGGUCCAGCUGCAGUUCUUACCCUUGAAACGAGUGAAAUGCCGGCCAUUUUUUUUUUCACAACCAUAACAAGUCAACCUUCUCGGUAACGGUGCCUUAACCUGUAGCGGGCUGCAUUUUUGACGUCAUUUCCUCGUUAAAUACAAAAUUCUUCCAGAUUUGGUCAUCAGUAAUUGGUUAUGGCGAAUUAUGCUUGUGCUUUUAGCUAAUAAGAAUUGGGGAAAUAUUUUGAAUGAAUAAUAAUGUAAUUUAACUGAAGCAAUAAGCGAUAUUCUCUUUGAAUAUUUUCUAGUGUCAACCAGCUCCAACCCAAAUCUAUCUCCAAUAGAAGUUCUUAGUAAGGAAGCCACUGUCGCCCUUUCUGUUGUUGGAGCUAUCCUGUUCCUCUGCAUCGUCUUGGGGUUCACCUUCUUUUGCUAUAUACGCCAUCAGCGGAAGCAGAUUAUGGAGUAUCGUAAUCAGCUUUUUCCAGUAUACACUGGAAAACACCAGGUAAAAUACCAUGUAAAACCAGCUUAAAUUGAAGCUACUACAUAACAACCAGUGCCUGCUUGAAAAGCUGCAACUUAUGACUAUGAUGAUGAUUAACUUUAUUUAAGUCUCAUGUCUUAUAGUUCAGGCACAGUGCCUUACUAAUUGGGGAGACUUAUUUGGCUGAAAAUAAUGUUCGUUGGGCUGCGUAAAUUUCACACCCCUCCCAUUCCAAGAUCAUAUUCAACACCUACAAUGACAACUUUGAACGCGGAAAAACGAAGCAGGGGGAUUUCCUUUACUCGUGAAAAUUUUGUCUCCGGGGAGCGAUCAAAUUAGGAAAGGGGUUUUAUAUGCAAAAGUCUCUCAACCUUUGUUCAACCGGUUGUAUUAACACUAUCUUUCACGAUCUUUUCACGAUCUUUCAAACUUCAUCUUCUUUGAUAUGUGAAAUGUAGGUGACUUUACUUGGCCUGGAGUAGUUGAAUUUCUAUGGAGAGCCAAGUUUAAAGGGGGAAUAAAAAAUUUAUCGUCAGUGCCGGUUAACGUCCUUCGUAAAACGCGCAUUGGGACUAAUUUUUGACGUCGUAGUCGUGCAAUUAAGUCUGAUCGACCGGGCAGAGUUGUAGUUUUUGGUUCAGUCCCGCAGCUGUUUUUACCUUCUCUUUACCGUUGUCGACUCUCUUUUGCUUUUGCUCUUUAGUAACCUUUUGGAAGUGCAGGGUGGCUCUAACUAUGGCCACUUUACAUUCGUGUAAAAUCUCAUGGCGGUGGACACUUUUGAGAAUUAUUAUACAUUGAUUCAUCAACAUCUGAGUUGCUUGUUCGAGGCCAGUCGACAGUGAUAAUUUGCAAAAUUUUAAGCAUAGAUUGCUCCUCCUUUUAAAAUACAUGUAUGCUCACACAUAGGUGAAGAUGGCUGAUAUUUUGUUCAUUUCAUUGCAGGCUAUGGACAAGUCUGUUCCGCAAAAAUACUCACGAUUUUUUUUUUUGUCGACCUACCGUGAACGAGGUGCCGAGUUUCUUUGCGGAGUGGCCAUAGAUUUAAUUAAGCCUACUUUUCAAACAUAAACUUUGUUUCUCCUUUGACUCGAUUCAAAAAGUGAUCCAUUGCCCUAAAGUGGGCUUCUCAAUUCAGGUAAUACUCAUGAACCAAAACGUUUCCAGUUGAAGUGGAGGGAAUGAAGUUACCAUUGCUUAGUUUCCUAUUGAAUGGUAUACGUUAAGUAAUGAAAUAUUUCUUGAUUGUUUUAGAUUGACCCUACUCGCACACUGCUUGAACAAUGUAAUGAUCUUCCUUAUGACCCUGAUUUCGAGUUUCCUGAGGACAAGCUCAUUCUUGGGGAGGUGCUAGGAUCAGGGGCCUUUGGAAAGGUCAUUAAAGCAGAGGCUAUAGGAAUGAACAACUUUAGUCCCAGAGACAAAAGUCAAAAGAAAAGUCAGCGGCGACCUAAAAUGUUUUGUCAACGCAGGGCCGGCCAUGCGUACCACGAUCCCAGAGGCAGUGCGUACACGAAGACCACUGUAGCUGUAAAGACUGUUAGAGGUAAUGUUUCAAGUCAAGAGAUCUCUAUUUCAACUUGUGUAACAUUUACCAUGGAACAAGGAUGGCUGGUACUUGUCGGGGGUUGGUGGAGGGGAAAAGGGAAUUUGGUUUAUAAUAGAAGCUGAUAAUAUGUAGGGUACGGGACGAGUUACCAGGUUACCAGCGCGGUAAUGAUUUGGGAGACGGGGUAGGGUUGAUUUAGGAAUCUGUGCCUACCAGUGGAAAAAACUGCAGCCAUGCCCCUGUAUUCAGCAUGGGUGAGGUGGGCAAUUCGCGAGGGGCCUCUCUCAUGCAUGAGUACCGUUCGUGCUCAUUCCUGUUGCUGAGGUUUGUGCCUAGUUAAACUGAACGCUGCUUGUGACAUGGUCACAUGGACUCCACUAGACCCAGUGGAAACUGUACUUUUUUUUACUGACCGAGUACGCUAUUUUGGCACUUCAGGGGGAGCUACUGCGGAGGAAGUAAGAGACCUGGCAUCAGAGCUGAAAAUUCUAAUUUACAUUGGAGAACAUAAAAACAUUGUAAACCUCCUUGGUGCUUGUAUCAAGCGAGAUCGUAUCCUUGUCAUUCUGGAAUAUGCACCACAUGGGAGUUUACAAAAGUUCUUACAAGGCAAGCGAGAUGUUUAUGAAGGAACCUGGACUACGACUGCGAGUGACCCAGAGAUACGAUUGAAUAUAUCAAAUCUUGUGGGCUACGCCUACCAGAUACCCCGUGGAAUGGAAUACCUGGCGUCUAAAAAGGUAAUUUUUCCCCAUUUAAGGAUUCCCACAUUGCUCAAGAAAAUUCAGUUCUAACAAGAGCUAUAGCCAAGGUGGCUCUUGGUUAUAAUAGACCUUUUUAGCUUAUAUUUUAUUUUUCCAUUUCACACCACGUGAUGUUCUCGGGGCAAUUUGCAUUUUGUCUUUUCAUAACAUAUACAGACAUGUAUGCUCUUUCUUGUUUCUGAUUUCUUGUUUUUGUUUUUCUUUGUUCAAAACAUAUCUGUUUUGUCUAGUGUGUUCACCGAGACUUGGCGGCCAGAAACGUCCUUGUUGGAAAAGACUACGUCAUGAAGAUCGCUGACUUUGGUCUUGCUCGAGAUAUUUACAAGAGUGAAUUAUAUGUGAAGACGAACAGUGGUGUUUUGCCAAUGAAGUGGAUGGCGAUAGAAUCAUUGUUUUUGAGGGAGUACUCAGAGAAAAGUGAUGUGUAAGUACAAAUAACAUAAAAAAUGUAUGAAGGAAGAAUAUCAAAAUCUUAUGCGGGGAUGACAACUAUACAAAUGCGUAAUGAAGUAUUCAAAUUAAAAAGAAGCUGGCCUUUUGAUUACUGUAAUUAUUUAAACUUGUCAUAACAUAUUUUAGUAGGCGCUCUCAGAUCGGCCGAGAAGUGUGUUUGCGUGCGAGUAAUAAACACAGUAUAUACACACUCAGUGAUCUUGGUUUCUUAGCCUGAUUGAUUCGCUAUCUCGGACUAUUCAACAUUGUUUUAUAGCUGGAAAUUUCUUCUCAACAGCGCGCUGUCUCAUUGGUUACUUCGAGGUCACAUGACAUCUAACAAUGAAACUGUUUCCCGUUAAAACCUCUGGGCGGACAACGUUGCAAAAUAUCUAUGACGUCAGAGGGUAAUAGUGCACUGUUACCCACUAAUGUUGACCGGUGACCGCUGUUACAGCGAGGUUUAACGAAUUUCUAGCUUCAAAUUUCCAGCUAUAUAACAAAUCACUUAAAGACUGGUGCCUUGGCAAACAGUUACGCAUAAAUCGUGAUGUUAUUAUAUAAAUCAAUCUUGAUCUAUAUAUAAGUAAAUCUUGAUGUACACCUAAUUGCAAUAACGUUGUCAUAGAAAAAAGCAAAAAGCAAAAAGCCAAAUAGGAAUUAAUUAGCCAUGUGAUUUACAUUUGCGUGUUUUAAUGAUUUAACAAUUAUUUAAGAAUUUUAAGUCAUUCACAAUAACAAGACAUAAUUCUGCUUCCGCGCUGUAAGAUUCCGCACAUGAAACACCGAUGUGUGUAACGAAAGGGUUCAAAAUUAUUACUUCAAUCGAAUUGUCACUCAUAGCCAGAGUUUCUGAAAUACCCUUCGCAGUUUUCUGGUGAAAUUUGCCCAAAAGUAUGCAAGAUAAACGCAUGGGGCUGAAGACAGCAACGAAAGGCAAUGUCAUUUUCCCGAAUGAAGUGUUUGGCCUGGUGAUAACUUCCUUCUAUCGGAUUAAAAUCCGGGCUGUAAGGUGGAAGGUAUCUGACCAAAGCUCCGGCACCAUAUAUAAUUUCUUCCACUUCCGCAACAUGAUGAACUGCGUGGUUGUCUAAAAACACAAAAACGAAAUUAAAGAUUUUGAGCAAAUGUUUAAGAGAAAAAUUCAUUUCUUAUGAACAAUUUAUUACCUAGCACAACCACAGAGCGAGCGUUUUUUCCAUUGUAUUGAUUGAGAAGGGGUACUAUAUCAUUACGUAGAAAGUCAGCAAAAACAAUGUGAUUGAAUCGUUGGCCUGGAUUGAGUACUCGGAUGCUGAGGUAUCCAUCGUGAGCAAUAGCAGAUAUUACUGUAAUACGUUGGCUAUUUGUUCUUGUCCUUAUCACCUCAUCCCGCUGCCCUUUCUGUGAAUAACCGUGUUGUCUCGAUAAGGUUCUGUCCUGGAGAAAGAUAAGAUCAGAAAAAAUAACGAAUGAGUGGAAAGAACGUUUUAUACAAAACAAGUUUUUUUCUAACAAACAAUCUACUCUGAGAAAUUAUAAAAAAGCAACACUUACAAUUCCUGCCUCAUCAAUAAAAAUGAGUUCAUGAGGCGAUUGAUUUAGCAUAUCAGCUUUGAAUUGAGCACGAGGUCGUCUCUUCUCUGAGCUGCAAUUUCUCUUAUCUGUGGACAAUCAGAAGCAAUAGUGGGUGUUAGAGAGAGAAAAAAGAUAAGCGGUAUCAGUAAUUCUUAUACUGACCUUCUUGUUAGUGAAUCCAUGCAAGUCUGUGAAGUGUCCUACACAGUGUGGAAACAUCAAACUCGGAGCCAGUUUGUUCCUGUAUUGUUGACGCGAGCUGAUGUAACCGUGUGGCUGGCUCUUUGAGUAUCGCCUCCAUUAUAAUGUAUUCUUCAUGACGGUGAAGUGUUGUCGUACCGACAGGUCGACCAGCUCUUUCUGCUACAACUUUUCCUGUAAAUACAAAUUUUUGGCGGAUACGCUGCACCAUUCUUGGGCAUAAAAAUAACUGAAAAGCAAUUUCCUCAUCACUACGCAUCAGUAGAAAUUUGUACCAGAUAAUUCUCCAGCGGAGGUCCUCUGAAUAAGCGCCCGGCAUUCUACCUCAUAAAAAAUGACCAAUUCUUUGCAGUGGUUUCUUUUUCGCAGUAUUUCUGUUUAUUUAGUAAUCGUUUGCACGAGCUAGAAUAAUAGAAUCAUCCCGUGAUCCCAGCCCGUGAGCCAAAAAAGUAAAGCGUAAAUUAGAAAUUCAAAUUGCACACACCAGCACGUGCAGAUUAUAAAUCAGUCUAAGGGCCUGUUUACAUGGAGUGGGGGACCCCGGUCUAGUAGGGUUGGUUUCUUUUGUUUUCACGCUCUGAGGGACACAAAACAAAAGAAACUUACCCCACUAAACCGGGGUCCCCCACUCCAUGUAAAUAGGGUCUAAAACAUAGAGGGACAAGUUCUAAACGACGCUCGUCAACGUUUUACGACUGAUAUCAGAAUAGUUGGUGGGAACAAAAAAUCUUCAUACAGAACAGCCAGAGUAAAGGGUUUUCCCGUAACGGAGACUUGCUCCGAAUUUAGAGAGGCAGUGAAGAACAUUAUUCCUGGUGAGCCGUUUGCAGAGAAUUUCAGCUUUGGCUUCAUCGACAAGAAGUAGAAAAAACUCUGGGUUCUUACUGACACAGAUUACCUGACGCCUAUGCCGCUGCUAUAAGUGGGCAACCUCUUUGGGUGGACCCCAGUCAUGUGGUGGUGAAUGAAGAACGUGCCGGGAGUGUCAACAAGAUGACUAGAUGACUACCGCACAGAUGACUACCGCACAGGUUGUCGAAACGUCAGUCACUGUCAACAACAACAGUCCUAUUCAGGACUACGUUCACCCGGACGAUCAAACUCAACCUUUUGAAGUGUCAACAAGAAAGGCAACCAAACAAACAAACGUAAGUAUAAGCUUUUAAAACGAACACGUGUUUUCAAAAGUGUGACUUUCGGUAAAAUUCCUUAUUCCUUAUAGGUUCUCAUGAUGAGACAAAUGCUGCGUCCCCCUCAUUCACGGAGAAAAUAGACGAGCAAACGAAAAGGUUGGAAGAUAAGCACGGCGAGACCGUUUUCCAGCCUUACCAGUACCGAUUCUGGGCGGAGAUGCUGGUAUGAAAUGAAUCCUCAAAUUAACGCUAAUCAAAGCAAAAAGCUAAAAUCAAGGUAAAUUUUUAUUUUUUUUCUUAUCAUUCCAGGUUUUGGGGUCGCAUAAAAGUGAAGAUGAACCACCAAUGCUGUCGAUAUUUCGAAACAAGGUGGCAAAAAAGACCGCAACAAGCACGUCAACAGUAGUAAGUGAACUAUUAAACCCACAGAAUAUCGCAUUUUCCCUACCUGCACUGUAGAUCUUGGCCGCAUGAGAUAAAUGGUCCACUAAUAACUUGUUGAUGAUUUAUCUUUAGACUACAAGUUCAGCUACAACUACAAGUUCAGUCGGCUACUCUCGCUCAAGCAUCCUCAGGGAACUUAGAGAGCUACAUGACCUCAAGCAGAUGGGUGUUUUAACGGAGGAGGAGUUUGCUGGCAAGAAGAAAGUUCUUAUAACUGAUCUAAAGUAGAGUGUGUAGAAUCCAAUAAAACAGUUUUGAUAUGUAAAUGAAGUUGUAGUUGUUGUUGUUAUUUGAAUCAAGUUGUUACCGUUAACAGAGACCUAUCCAGUAAUGGGCUCAUGACCCCCGCUUGCGAAAAAAAAAAAAAAACGGAAAAAAACGGACUGAGGCAAACCUGUCAUCGCGGUAAAAAGAGUCUCGCUUUAUAAAUUUGUACCCUGGUCGAGUGAUUGAAACAGCAGCACAGGGAGAAAAUUCAAUUGCCCGUGUUGGCAUCAACCGCGCUAGACAGGAGCCAUGGUCAUUUUAGAGCCAACAUUCUCCAUCAACAGAAGUCGCACAAUUCGAUAAAGAAAAAGGUGAAUUGACGCGAGCAAUGUUAUGUCUCAGUUGUCGCACUUUCAGUCGCCAAUGUAUUAUGUCCUGACAAACGGAGCUUGGUUUGUGGCGCGGGAGAGGAACUGGCGGAGGAACGCCUUACCCGCUCCGCGAUGAAAAAACCUGCCUACGCCCCUGAUUUGUUGCUUGAAAAUUGUGAUGGUGUUGUGCACUACAAACCAUACGCAGACUGGCUUUUCUAUUUAGCACUAAACGAAAAGACGCGUCGCCUUCCUGGAAUUUACCCCAGGCUAUAUUUAUUGAAAAAAAAUUAAGCCAUUUUUUCUUUAGGAGUUAUCCGAUUUACGUUUGUAAUUAGAGUACGUUUGAAAUCCGCUAGAUGAAUCAGCCUUGAAUUGCAUUACAAUGACACCAAGAAACUGAUGCAAAUGAUUUCUCUCAUUUUACGUGAUUAAUAUUCAGGUAUAAUCCUGUGUGUUGUGAAUGUUGCAAGCAAUGAUAAUUAAAUGCUAAUUAAUUCCUAUUUGGCUUUUUGCUUUUUGCUUUUUGCUUUUUUCUAUGACAACCUUAUUGCAAUUAGGUGUAUGUAAGUCAAACCUGAUUUAUAUAAAUAAAUCUUGACAUAUUAUUCCCGUUGGACAAGCAUGUAUUUCCUCUCUGAUUUUGUUGAGAUCACUUCGUAUGUAUAUACUAAUACAAUUAUUCUUUUCAAUCUGGGUGAAUAGUGGCUUUAUAAAUUUAUUUAUUAGUGGCUCGGUAUAUAAUAAGCCACUAUUCACCUCGAAAUAGAGAGUACGUAGAGUAUCACCUAGAGUAGAGCAAAGUCAAGGCUUCUUUAUUUGUUUUAUGAUAGAGAACAGUUAAAUUCCCCACACAUUCCCCUUUUUUUUAUUUCAAAGCGAACGAGUGUCGUCAGCAUGUUUUAUACUCUCUAUCAUAAAGCACGCUUUUUCAACAAAUCAGAGUGCGCGUUAUAGGUGAACUUUAUUAUUGAAAUGCAAAACAAAACCGUACUGAUUACGCGUACGAAAGUACGUCUAGAUACGACACUUCGCGACUAGUAAGAAUUUCUCUUUUAAUCAUCACCAUAAACUGCAACUUUUUCUCGGGAAAGUUGGCACUACAAAGACACCUUAACAGAAAACUGUUUUUCUGUGGUUUACAGACUGCACCCAUUCUCUUGAAUUCACCUAACACCCUCUCGUGUUUAUAUCAGGGUUUGUAAACACGGCAAAAGAAUGCUACUAAUAACGAUUCUUGAAUGUAGCGCUUCAUAUGCAAGCCAUGUAAGUUUUGAUUCCAAUAAUUUCCUUGUAGUAGUGUUAAUAGCAGCUUACCUCUGUGUCCUCGAGUCCAUAGUUUAGCUUAAACAGCUUACAGAGCUUUAUUGACGCCCUUUUGGUUUGGAAUGACCCUGGCUGUGAUGACCCUUCGAGUGUGUAUGUUUUUAACUUUGACAUUUAAAAAAUAAAUGCAGAUGGUCGUUUGGUAUUUGCUUGUGGGAGAUCUUUACACUGGGCGGCACACCGUAUCCCACUAUACCCGUAGAAGAGCUCCUAGACUUCCUUAAUUAUGGAAACCGUAUGGAAAAUCCCCGCGACUGCCCUUCGGAGAUCUACAAAAUUAUGCAAGAUUGCUGGCAGGAAUUACCCGACAAGCGACCUAAAUUUGAUCAAAUCAGCCAGUCGAUUGGUACAAUACUUGAGCAACGUGCUUCCCAGGUGAGGCCUUUUUUGCACUGUUUUUGA